AUGUCCGACGUUGAACAAUUCGAAUCCACCCUAAAGGAGUUGGCCACACUUAAGGCCCCAGGUGUCUCAGGCACUCGGAUCAAGAAAUUGACCGAUCUUGCCGUCAAAAACGUGGCUGAUGAGUCUAAGUUUAUUACCGUCUUAUAUGCUAGCUGUAAAGCCACUCCUUCUUCUCACAAACUAGGCGCCUUAUAUGUGGUUGACUCCAUCGUGAGAGUAUACAUGGACGAAGCCAAGAAGAAGAAUGAAACCGUGUCUGCUCUGGCUCCGGAAGGCACUUUCGCUGCUGGAGUAUUCAAGAUCAGUGAAUUGAUUGAUUCUAUAAUAGAUGACGCGAUGGAUUUACUGAUCGUUGCGUCUACUAACGUGAAAAUAGGAAAGUUGGUGGAUAUCUGGGAACGUGCUCAAACCUUUAGUCCCGAAACCAUCGCAAGAAUUAGAGCUAAACAUUUCCGUUCCACCACCCCUCCUGGCACUCCUCCAGGAAAGGCGGCUGAACUUCCUCCUCCUUCAACCAGUGCACUGACUGCGGACUCUGGAAGCAUUUUACUGGCUCUUGCAUCUCUUGCUAAGAAGUCUGAUACGCCCACACCUACUCCACCAGCUGUAGCCUCGCCUACUACUCAGAAUACAGCACCUGCUAGUAAUGCUACUAACAUCUUGUCUCAGUUGUCUGCUUUGGCUGGAGGUAACACUAAUAAUGGUAGUAUUAACCUGCCUUCUCCUCCAGCUCAAGGCCAGCCCAAUCAAGCUCCUAACAAGGAUUUGAUUUUUAACAUGUUGCAGCAAAUGCAGAAUGGCGGUCCUGGCUCUGUUCCACAGGGGCAGAACCAGGGUCCUCCCCCUUCUGUGCCUCAAAUUCCACAAGUUGGAAUGCAAGGAAGGGGUAUGCCCCCCGUGCCUAACAUGGGUAACAUGCCAAACGUUCAUCCAUCCCGCCAAGGAUAUCAGAAUAACCAGUAUAACGACAGAAGAGGACGUGACGAAGUUGGAGGCUACUCGAGAAGAAAUCGCUCGCGGUCUCCAAACGGUAGAUACGGUAGAUACGACAACGGUUACGGUAAUAAUCAGUAUGGAAAUGACCAAUACGGUGGUAUGCAUGGCAACCACAUGGGCCAAGGUCCGCCAAUGGGCCAAGGGCCGCCAAUGGGUCAGGGUCCGCCAAUGGGACAAGGUCCUCCAAUGGGUCAAGGUCAUCCAAUGGGCCACAUGAAUGGGCCAAUGGGUGGUGAUCAAAUGGGCCAUGAAGAAAAGAGAUCGCUUGGGCAAGGUUUCGCUCCAAGUGAUGGUGAGCAGAAUGUUCCAGGUGCUCCCCACUAUCGUCCAAGAAAUGUUGGUUUUGACAACACGUUGCCUCAAGGCUCUUUCAAAGUGUUGUCCAGAACGUUGUUCAUUGGAGGUGUUCCUCGUGGAAUGGAUGAGAGACAACUUGCUUCUCAUUUGAGGCCAUACGCGGAAGUUCAGUCUGUGAUCAUGAACUCUGAGAGGAAGCAUGCGUUCGUCAAGGUUUACUCUAGAAAGGAAGCCGAACAGGUUGUUCAAUCGUUUAACAAGGAUGGUGCCUUGCCAUUGAGAACGCGUUGGGGUGUUGGAUUCGGUCCAAGAGACUGUUGCAAUUACCAGCAUGGAAUUUCCAUUAUUCCCAUCCAACGAUUGACAGAUGCCGAUAAAAGUUGGGUCGUCCUGGCCCAGUGGGGUGGCUCUGGAGGUCAACCAUUGCAGAGCGGAAUGGUUCUUGAUGAACCAGAUAUCGAAAUCGGAACAGGUAUUUCUUCUAAGGCCAUGUCCAAGAAGAUGCCAACCAACUCUACCAGAAAUGGACCUAAGUCCAACAGACCAGGAGAAUCCGACGAUCAAUAUGUCAAGACAUCUAAUGGUCAACAAGACUUUAUGGGUUAUGGUAAUGGCGCUGCUAAUCCAUUAACUGGACUUUUCAACCAACAACCACAGCAACAACCAGUGGGUUUCCCUAAUCAAAUGCCUCCACAAAAUGGCUACCCACAGAACAAUUAUGGGGGACAGAACAAUGCAAACUUGAGUGCUCAAUUAGCCAACUUUUUCCAGAAUGGUGGCCAGCAACGCUAA